UUAUGCAGAGUAACUGGAAAAAAUUGAAUGUUGUGAACCUAUGCAGAAACCAACGGCGCGAAGUAUAAACUCGAAUGUAACAAUUCCCGAACAGUAAUAAAAAAGUUAAAUAAAACGAAAUUCAAUGAACUGUGUCGAAUCGUGGCUGUGUUUUACCGUUGAGGACAGCAAUCGUGGUAAAUCGCAUAGGACAAUUUAAACACCGGAGUGAUGUGAAUUGUUGACUGGUGAUUUUCGCGAAACUGGACCAUAUUGUUUUCUCUAAAAAGCACUGAUUUACAAAGUGUGAUUGUGAUUUACAGACAUACAUAUUGUAGACAUUACCACUUAGACGCUCCUUGACACCGUUUCAGUGAACGCCUCUAAGACAACAAUUAUUGAACCCUCUCAAGUCCAAGUGACGGCAUCAAGAUGAGCUUCAAUAAGAACAAUCCUAACGCGAUGGGGAAGAUCAUGGGAUAUCUCAAAAAGCUAUCCAUAGAAAAGGGUGGAAGCGAAGAAAAUCGUCGUGGGCAAGGCGACGAAGAACGGCUUUACCGGACACGCGGGCCAAAAUACGCUCGUGUGCCUUCCAGGCCGACCCUCUCUGCAUCCACUACUUGCACCUCUUUGGCGGCUUCUUGCGGCUCUCAGGGAACUCUCGCUCCUAACUACCCCUCAAUCCCUGAGAACGCCUCUACGGAUAGCAGCAGCGAAGAAGACGAAGAUUCCUUUGACAAGACCCGCAGACAUUUCCAACAACUUCGCCAAAUCAGCUUAGGAAACGAGUUCAAAUACAAAAUGGAAAUGGAAAUAAAGCAGAGCGCCAAGGAGGAGAAUCUACGGAAUUCCGUGCCUUUCGUCAAGCAAUUAAGCAUUGACAGCCACAAAGUGAAACCGGAGUUUUCGAUUAACGGCGAUGUAAAACCUUACGGUGCUACUACUCAAAAGAUCUUUAUUUGGAAACAGUUGCUUGCUGCAUUUGCCGUUUCAAUGGGAUCUCUGAUAGUCGGCUUUUCAUCAGGCUACACUUCACCGGCUCUACCUAAAAUGAACGUCACUUUGUCACUUUCACAUGAAGAGCACAGCUGGAUUGGAGGGCUGAUGCCGCUGGCAGCUUUGGUUGGAGGCAUCGCCGGGGGUCCCUUAAUCGACAGUCUCGGGAGACGAAAAACUAUUAUGGGAAUUGCUGUUCCAUUUUUUGUUGGUUGGAUGCUAAUCGCCACUGCAACCAACGUAAUGAUGGUAUUCGCCGGUAGAAUAUUUUCUGGAAUCUGCGUAGGAGUGGGCUCCCUGGCCUUCCCUGUCUAUCUUGGAGAGACGGUUCAGCCAGAAGUACGAGGCACACUUGGAUUAUUACCCACAGCCUUUGGUAAUACUGGAAUUCUUCUGGCGUACUUCGUUGGUUCCUACUUAUCCUGGUAUGAACUAGCAUUCUUUGGUGCUGCGUUACCCGUGCCAUUCUUUUUACUUAUGAUUAUUGCGCCGGAGACUCCGCGCUGGUACGUGACCAAAGGACGUGUUGAAGAUGCAACAAAAUCUCUGCAAUGGUUAAGAGGCAAGAAUAUCAAUAUUGAGACAGAAAUGCGCGCUCUCACUCGUUCUCAAGCUGAAGCAGACCGAACCCGGGGAAAUGUGUUCAUGCAAAUGUUAAACAGAAAGUACGUCCCAGCAAUUCUUAUAACGCUAGGAUUGAUGUUGUUCCAACAAUUAAGCGGCAUUAACGCUGUUAUAUUCUACGCUGGAACCAUCUUCAGGGAUGCUGGCGGCAGCAUUGAUGAAAAUCUGUCUACGACGAUUAUUGGUAUCGUCAACUUUGUAUCUACAUUCCUGGCCACAGCAGUCAUUGAUCGCUUGGGGAGAAAAAUACUACUGUACGUCUCCUCCAUUUCCAUGAUCCUCACUUUAUCAGGUCUAGGAGCAUAUUUUUACAUAAAAGAAGCCACUGACAUCGACGUAAGCAACUACGGUUGGUUGCCUCUAGCGUGCCUAGUAAUUUAUGUACUAGGAUUCUCUUUGGGCUUCGGUCCGGUGCCAUGGCUGAUGUUAGGAGAAAUAUUGCCUUCAAGAAUCCGUGGCACUGCAGCUUCUAUGGCGACUGGUUUCAACUGGAUGUGUGUAUUCAUGGUAACGAAAACAUUCCAUUCGAUCAUAGCCACUAUUAAUAUGUACGGCACAUGGUGGUUGUUCGCAGUUGUGUGCACAUUGGGAUUAAUUUUCGUUAUAUUCUUUGUACCUGAGACUCGAGGUAAAAGUCUGGAGGAGAUUGAAAAGCACUUAACUGGAGGAUCAAAAAAAAUGCGCAAUAUUGAUAAUAAGCCAACACAAAAUGGUUAUUAACCUUGAAAUGUAAAUAGCAAGUUACGUUGAGGUACAUUCCAAGGUGCAAGGGCUGCACAAAUAUGCUCGCCUAAUGUUUGCCCGUAGUUGAAUGAUAUGUACAUGAGAGGUGCACCUAGCAGGCCACUGAAAACUCAGUGACGUGCUUAAGACUGAUUUGGAUUGUAGAUAUAGACUAGAUUGCCUUACGUGUAAAUAUAUUAGCAAAUUAAUCAAAAUAAUAUUUACGUCAUGUCAAGUUCCUUGAUUAGGUUACUUAUACUAACAUUCCGCAUGAGUUUGUCGCGGAGCAUAUCUACAAUAACUUUGAGGAAUAGUGAUGUGUCGAUAUUGAUAAAUUUGGAUAAUUAGGAUACCCGAUUUUGAAAUACAAAAAUAUAUUGAUGUAUUUAUGAUUGUACGUUGUACAUAAUGUACGUUUUGGUAACAAAAUCGUGAACGUCAAAAUAUAAGUGUCAAUUAAUUUAUACACUUCCUACAUAAUUCCACAGAUCUUCGAAGAACUCAAAUAUUUAAAAAAUAACUCAGCUAUUUAAUCGUGACAAAUAAUAUUUAGGUA